CGCUGCCUAUGAGCUGCCUCCCUCUAUUCGGCCCUCAGCGCGAUUCUUAGCCACCAUCCGACCACCGCCAUCGCCUUCUAGGGUUUCUCUUUCCCCAUCCCUCUCCUCCUCCUCUCGUCUCUUUCCACCUUCCUCUUCUCUCCCAUUCAUUCAAGAAAAAUGGUUCAAGAAAACGCUCCUCCGCCCAUCCAGCCUCCAUUAAUGGCGGUCACGGUCGAGCAAAGGCCUGGNAUCACUCGGAGCUUCCGAGUAACGAAGCCCCUUCUCGCUCGAAAAAGGACUCAAGAAUCUCCUUCCCCCUUUUCCACCCUCAAAUGUAUGAAUACGAAUUUGUCGAUCCCGUCGCUCCAUUCCUCACCCAUUCCCAGGGUUCCGCUUGCCGAGAUUCAGAAUAGGGUUCCGAUUGAAGAUGGAUACUCCACUCCAGCUAAGCCCCCAGAAACUUGGAAUGGUUUUCGAGAUGUUGCAGUAUCCCCACACAGCAGUGCUGGUUUUCUUGAUGAUGAGCUUGAUGAUGCGUUCUUGCAAGAAGUGGAUGCCCUGUGCGAAGAGAGGUCCACAGCGAAGAAACAGAGGCCCAGCCUGGAGAGCAUGGUCCGUGAUACGAGUGCUGUGGAAGAUAUGGAGCAGCUGAGACAGGAAACGGGUUUGUUUCAAGACCAGAAUGAUGGUUCUGUGCCUCAGAAGUAUUAUGAUUAUAUGAAAUCGCUGAAUAAUGCACAAAGGGAGGCAGCUUGUAGUGAUAUCUCGGUUCCAUUGAUGAUUGUCGCAGGCCCAGGAAGUGGAAAGACAUCAACUAUGGUUGGGCGGGUGUUGACACUACUCAAGGAGGAAAUUGGCCCCUCCAACAUUCUUGCAAUGACAUUCACGACGGCUGCUGCUUCUGAGAUAAGGGAUCGAAUUGGAGCAGUGGUGGGAAAAGCGGUUGCAAAGGAACUAGCAAUCAGCACCUUUCACUCGUUCUGUCUGCAGCUCUGCAGGGCGCAUGCUGAAAAGUUGGGCCGUACACCUGAAUUCCUAAUAUAUGGACAUGGGCAACAAAGACGAGCAGUCAUUGAGGCCCUGCGCCUUGUUGAGAAUGGGAAAAAGAAUGGACGAGAAAGUGCAGGUCACAAGCUUGAUGAAUUUACUAGUGGUAAUCUUGCACAAUCUUUUAAAGAGACGUCAAAAAAAUGGCAGAAGUUUGUGACACAGGCUAAGGCUUCUGGGAGAACUCCUGAAGAAUGUCAAAAAAUGGGUGAUGAGAUCGGAUCUAUGGUUCUUAGACAUUACAACAACAUACUCGCAUCAUGCAAUGCUUUGGACUAUCAUGACUUCAUCAGCUCAUCUGUGAAGCUACUAACCGAUUUUCCUGAAGUGUUCAAGGAGUGUGUGGAAACAUGGAAGGCCAUAGUUGUAGAUGAGUUUCAGGAUACAAGUUCUAUGCAGUAUUGCCUUUUAAGGAUUCUAGCCUCUCACAAACAUGUAACUAUUGUUGGAGAUGAAGAUCAGUCCAUAUUCAGUUUCAAUGGUGCUAAUGUUUGCGGAUUUGACUCCUUUCGUAGGGAUUUUCCAACUCACAAAGAGAUUAGAUUAAACAAGAAUUAUCGCUCUGCACGAUGUAUUGUUGAGGCAGCUUCUUCUCUUAUUCACAACAACAUCAAACGUUGCCAUUUUAAGCAAGUUGAAACUGACAAUUCCUCUGGCUGCAAAAUUACUGUUAAGGAAUGUCAUAAUGAAGAUGCACAAUGUGCAUUUGUUGUUGAUAAAAUCUUGGAAAUCACUUCUGAUGACUCAGUUGCUAACUCAUUUGGCAAUGUGGCAGUCCUUUACAGGAGACAAAUUACUGGCAAAGCAUUUCAGAUGUGCUUCCGCAACAGGAAAAUACCCUUCAACGUUCAUGGAGGGGCCUUCUACAGGAAAAAGGUAAUCAAAGCAACAAUGGCAAUUCUCAAAACGACAUUACCUGGUUGUGAUGAUGGUCCAUUUCGUCAAGCCUUCAAGGCACUUUUUCCUGGUGAUAAAGAAGAAAAGAAAAUGGUUGUUGAUUAUGUUGAAAAGAUAUCCUCAGCUAGGAAAUGUAGCUUUUUCUCAGCUGCCAGUGACAUCUUUGGUGCAAAGAUCUCGGGUACCUUCAAAAGGACUCAACUUACCCAAGGACGUAAAGUUUUGACCACCCUAGACAUGCUAUCCAAGCUUGUAAGAAGAGAACAAUCUAUCUCGGUGGUCAUCUCUUCUGUGGCAAAUAUGUUACCUCAGAAAUACCUUCUUGAACAACGUGCAGUUGUAGAUGUGGAAGGGGGGAAGUUGCUGAAUGAAGACAAUGAUAUAAGAUCGCAGGUUCUUCAAUACCUGAUGGAUGAUGUGUCCGCAUUCUUGUCCACACAUUUUGACAAGAGUAAGAUUGAAGAGAAAGGCUGUGCAAGUAUACUUAAGGCUUUUAUAGAUUACAUAUCUAUCAGAGAAACUGAAAACUGUCGGUCUCGAAGACGAGAAAAUGAGAACGCUGUUACGCUGACUACUAUUCAUCAGUCAAAAGGUCUAGAAUGGGAUAUAGUUUUUAUCGUGAAGGCAAAUGAAACUGAAAUUCCAUUGUUGCAUGAGUUUAAUGGCAGUGUAAAGGAAGGAGCAGCAACUCUGGAGGAGGAGCGUAGGCUGCUAUAUGUUGCAAUGACUCGUGCUAGGAAGAAGUUGUACAUAUCUCAUGUUAUUAUGGAUUCUAGUUGGCAGUUGCUGCAGCCUUCACGGUUUCUUAAGGAAAUUCCACCUCACCUUCUGGAGAUCCAGGGUGAGGCAAUUUCAAAAGAGGUGGGAAUAUUGUCCAGUAGAACUAUUUAUUCUAAUGCAUCAGAAUGCGAAUCAUCACCUGAAAAAGUUCAUCAACAUAGUAGGAAAGAUAUAAAUCUUUCAAGUGUCUCAAUGGAACUAGAUGAGACAUGCCUCGGUAAUGAUUUCUUGAAGAGGUUUAACAUCGAAGAAAGAUCAAUUGUCUCUUAUUUAUUCCAUCAGUGGGCAAAAAAGCAAGCAUUUCAACAUCCAAAGCGGUUGCUUGAUAAGGUCAGCUUUGUAAUUGAUGAACGUUUAAGGAAUAAGACGUACAAGCACAAGGAUGUUUUACGUAUUCUCAAAUCAUGUCUGAGUGGAGAUGAAGCCUAUAGUUAUGCGCAAUAUGUUAUAAGGUGGGAGCAAAUUCCUAUUGAUAAACGUGCACAUUUAAUAAGAGAAAAACAGGAACAUUUUCAGAAACAAAGAAUUGAAAACUCGAUGGGAUCUUCCGAAGCUACACCUAAACAGAUUGCUUAUCUACAGAAUCUGGGGUGCACCGUCAUCCCUAGUUCACGUCUUCAUGCUUCACGUUUGAUAGAACAGUACAAGUCUUUAUGAAAGGAGGAUACCUCCAAGUUUGCGGGACGAUAAAAUACAACUGAAUUUAUGCUGCAACAGUUAAUUCAUCAAUUGGUUGAUUAAGUUAACCAACAUAAAUAUGAGAGAUGUUUAAAAUAAAAUAUGUUAUUUACAAUGUAUCCAAAUUUCAUGAUUUUUUUUUUUUCGGGUACAGGAAUUUUAUGCAAGUAGUUGCUUAGAAAGAAUAUUUUUGUAUACUGAUCUAAUGGACUUAUUUUUCA